AUGAAUUCUUAUUCAGCAGGAGGAUACGGUGGCAGCAGAGGACACGGUGGUGGUUACAGAGGAGGUAGAGGAUACGGAGGUGGUGGAGGAUACGGAGGUGGUGGAGGAUACGGAGGUAGCGGAGGAUACGGUGGUAGCGGAGGAUACGGUGGUAGCGGAGGAUAUGGUAGUAGCGGAGGAUACGGUAGUAGCGGAGGAUACGGUGGUAGCGGAGGGCAUCCGCCGCCGCUUCCUCCGUAUGGAGGAAGCGGCGGACAUGGAGGAAGCGGAGGCUAUGGAGGAGCUGGAUAUGGAGGUAGCAGUUAUGGAAGUAGCAGUUAUGGAAGUAGCAGUUACGGCGGGCAAGGUGGUGGGUACGGAAGUGGAAGCUACGGUGCCACUAGUUACAGCAGUGGCGGCGGUAGAGGAUAAGGGAACAGCGGCCACGGUGCGGGAGGACACGGCCAUGGCGGAGGAGGGUAUGGCAGCAGCAGCAAUAGUGGAGGAGGAUCCGGCAGCAGCAGCUAUGGUGGAGGAGGAGGUUACGGUAGUAACGGACAUGGUGGAGGAGGUUACGGCUGCAGUAGCCAUGGCGGAGGCUACGGAAGCAGUCACGGGGGAGGCCAUAGUGGAGCAGGAUACGUCAGUUAGAUGAUCCAAGAUAAUGCAGAUCAUCAACUCAAAGAGAAAAUAUCGUGAAGAACACACAAAUUGAACUUACACUGCUAACAUAUUCUAGUCAUGAAAGAAUCCAAAAUAGAAUACCUGGAUUUUUUCUUGCUCAUUACAGCACCUUAUCGUAAAGGUAGUGGAGGCUACGGUCGGUGAUCUCGUCAAAGCAGCGUCCAACUUCUGGAACAGCAUUUACUUUCCUCACUUGUCCUGUUUCCCUGUCAAACAAAAUAAAGAAUUAAGAUGUGCAACAUGUACGUGAAAAAUAAAACUGA